AUGUCUUCUUCAGACGAGAAUAUACCCUCGGAUAUCGAAGAAACAUCUAAAACUGUAGAAAAUGGUGCUAUGGAUAAUGAGAGAACACAAGGUCAGUCUUCAUGGUCAGCACCUAAUUCUUCGACCUUAACACAAGUUGAAGAGAAAAUGCGACGUAAAUUACAAUUUUUUUUUAUGAAUCCGAUCGAAAAAUGGCAAGCCAAGCGAAAAUUUCCCUACAAGUUUGUAGUUCAGGUAAUUAAAAUCGUUUUGGUGACACUGCAACUUUGUUUGUUUGCACAUAACAGAUAUAAUCAUGUUAAUUACACUUGGGACAACAGGAUCAGUUUCUCUCAUUUAUUCCUACUUGGUUGGGAUUCUACAAGAGAGAUAAAUGCAUAUCCACCAGGUGCAGGACCAUUAGCUGUGUAUAAAGUCGAUGAAUUUUACAAUGCUUUGGAUUAUGCUUAUACUGGAUAUUCAAAUUUAAGCAAUGCUAUUGGCCCAUAUUCAUAUAACAAUGAAGACAAUAAUAAAACAGAUCCUCAGUUUUGCACCUACACUUAUAAGAAAGGCAUAAUUCAUGGGUUCAAUGAAAGCUAUGAAUUCAACUCAGAAAUAAUAUAUAAAUGUGUUAACUUUACAAAUAAAGAAAAUGAACUGUUUAAAUCACAAAAAUUUAUAAAAAAUGUUGGUUUAGAAAUGGAUUUUGCUGCCCUGGUUCGAGCAGAACUAUUGUUUUCAUUGAAAACUAUAAACUUUAGAGCUGCUGGGCCAAUAACACCACCAGAUUGUUACAGGUUUGAUGUGAAGGUUAUUUUUGAUAAUGAAGAUCAUGAUGGACAGAUGUCACUCAUUUUGGAUGCUGAACCAUUCAAAUUGACAUGCAAAGGCGAUAAGGCAUAUGUCACUAACAAUGAACUAGACCAGAUCCUUAGAAGUGUUCUUAACAUAUUUGUCAUACUUAUUUGUAGUGCAUCACUCAUAUUAUGCAGUAGAGCGAUCUAUAGAGCACAGCUACUAAAGGAAUUGACGGUAACAUUUUUCAGGCGUGCCUACAAUAAGGAACUAAGUUUAGAUGGUCGUUUAGAGUUUCUAAACAUUUGGUAUAUUAUGAUUAUUGUAAAUGAUAUUCUAAUUAUUAUGGGAUCUGCAAUAAAAGAACAAAUUGAACGGAAUCAGUUUACAAAUGAUCAGUGGAACGUUUGCUCCUUAUUCUUAGGUAUAGGGAACUUAUUAGUAUGGUUCGGUGUAUUGCGAUAUCUUGGCUUCUUCAAGACAUAUAAUGUUGUUAUAUUGACAUUGAAGAAGGCUGCACCAAAAAUAUUCAGAUUUUCAUGUUGCGCUCUUCUUUUAUAUGCUGGUUUUACUUUCUGUGGUUGGCUUGUACUUGGUCCAUAUCACAUGAAAUUUAGGUCUUUAUCAACUACUUCAGAAUGUUUGUUCUCUUUAAUAAAUGGAGAUGAUAUGUUUGCCACAUUUUCUAUUAUGUCCAAAAAGUCACAAAUGCUUUGGUGGUUCAGUAGAGUUUAUCUAUACUCCUUUAUAAGUUUAUAUAUUUAUGUAGUUUUAAGUUUAUUUAUUUCUGUAAUAAUGGAUGCUUAUGAUACUAUCAAACAAUAUUAUAGUGAAGGAUUUCCAAAGAAUGAUUUACAGCAGUUUAUAGGAGAAACAAAUGUUGAGGAAGUUUCUUCUGGACUGUAUCGAACUCAGAGUUCAUCUUCACUGAAUGAAGCUAUGAACUCCUUAUUUUGUUGUAAUUUUUAUAGGCGUGCAUAUGUGAAGAUUGGAGGUGGAAAUUCGAGUGGCAAUUUACUU